AUGCACAGCAAAGUCAGGAACACGCUGACUCCGGUUUGGGACGAGGAGUUCGACUUCGCCGUUUCUCCGCACGCGAUGACGGAGGAGCUUGGGAUCUCCUUUGAGAUCGUUGGGCUGAGGGUCGCGGUCUACGACUCGGACGGGCCAUUCAACUCAUUCUCAGGCUCCAAUGACUUCAUGGGCGGGGCCGCGCUUGACAUAGCUGGACAAAAGCAUGGACGCGCCAUCUCGCACGAGCUGGAGCUGGGUGGCAUCCUCACACGCAAGGCUUCCGGACGAAAGCCGCGACUUACCAUCGCCAUCACCAUCUACCGGGACCAUGUGCCCCGGCCUCCUCCACGGCAGCUGAUGCUCCGUCAGAGCCUGGUGCACGUGAGCUACAUCCAGCAGGUUUACGGGGUCGUCGUGAAGGCAGCGGACCUGCCGAACACGGAGAUGAUCGGCCUGAGCGAUCCGUUCUGCAUCGUGCGAGCAGUCCUAAUCUCCGGCCAAGUCGUCGAACUCCAUCGCACCAAGGUGGUCAACGACACGCUGAAGCCUGUGUGGCAGGAGGCUUUUCAGGCCGCCUUCACUGAGCUGGAUCAGCCAUUGUUGCUCCUGUUCGACCUCUGGGAUGAGGAUGACCCCAGCAAGCCCCUCGAUGAUGGUGGGGCCCAGCACUUGGGUUCCGCAGUGGCGUGGGACCCAACUUCUUGGGGGCUCGAAGUUCGAAGGCUUUUGAUAGUCCGCUGCAGUUGCAGCUUCCCUUGCGUUCGAAACCUUAAGCCCGAAGCAUCCCUGCAGCGCGGUUCGCCCAGCUAUGCAGGAAACUCUAGCAUCGAUCAAGAUCUCAUGGGUGGUAGAAUCUGCAGGUACCUUUGUUGUUGUCCAGAUGUAGAGGAGAUGGCAAGAAUGCAAGGGCUUGCAUGGUCCUUAUAA